GAUUUUGUCCAAAAAAUCCGGAUGUGAAUCACCUGUUUGUUUUUUUUCCGAAACUCAAUGGAAGUAGUUUUUAAUCAAUUUUGACGGUGAUUUCCUGGACAUAGAGAUUGGAGACGGCAUUCAAGUGAUCACGGGGGAUUUUGUAAAGGUUAAUGUGACAAAUUCCAGAAAGUGGUGGCGUUGUUGGCAAAAUAUAUCUCUGGAAUAGCAGCUAUUUCCUGCUUCUCUUGAUCCUCCUGGCCAUUUCCGGUGCUUGAAGAUUGUAAAAGAGAAGUUUUAGUAUAUAAAAACAAUGUUGGAACAUUUUUUAUACGAGGAAAUUACUCAAAAAUUGAGUGAUAGAAUCUUCAGUGAUGAGAAAAAAUACAUCAUUGUGGGUGUCAUUGGGAAAUCCUUCACGAUGCAUGGGAAUAAAAUGGAGAUCUUUAAGAAUCUCCCGGAAUACCCAUCGCUGUCGGAGAAAUUCCUUCCAGGAUGCAGCAAAGAUGGGCGAAUAACAUUCUAUGCUGAUCAUCAGAAUCAAAUUCUCUACCUACACUUUGAGACAACCUACGAUAAUUGUGUUAUGAUGAAGAUUCUGGAGGAGGGGAGAUUUGAGCAUUUUGUGAAUUUUUCAACGCACAUCCGGACACGAUUUGGUCGGAUAUUGCUAUUUGCGAGUCAAGUGUGUCACAUUGUGGUACUCGUGGAGACACAGAGUGCCUUUGACACAACAUACCUGGGGCUCUUCCGGAGUCUCAAAGUUAUCCGGGAGAAGUAUGUGCUGAAGUUCCUCCCAAAGUUCCUCAAGAAUUCCACAGCAGGAUGUAUUCUGGGGAAAGAGGGAAGACUGUGUUCCCCAAGGUUUAUUUUCUUCUUCGAAGAUUGCCCCGGGGAGUGCCUCGAUGAUCCGGAGCAGCUGCGGAAGGUGGAAUUUGAGAUGGAAGAUGACAUCUACAAAAUGCUCCGGAAUGAUUUUAUCAUCAUGAACAACAGCGCCAAUUCCCUCUUCUCCAUUCCGCGCAACAAGAGAUUUGUCUUUGUGAACACAGAUCAAGAUGUUCACUCAGAUCCCACUGUGGAUGCCCUCAAUCAUCUCAUGGAGUUCAUAAAUAAACCAUCAGGAAGGAAUUCCGCCGUGCAGGAGGAUGAAUUUGACUCAAUACGACCUUUUAGGGGCUUUGCAAAGCCCCUGAGUGCCUACGGGGAUGCCCCGGAAGAGGAGACAAAGCGUAGCUUUGGGAAUUUAAUCCAGGAGCACGUUCAGGAAGCCCUAAGGGUGGGAUUUGAUGAUAGUAUGGCUAAAUUCCGGGGGAAGAGUCACUUUUCAGCCCCAACGGCUAAGGCCUGGCUCGAGACUUUCCGGAUGCUGCGUAAAAUCUUCCUUGAGAAUCCCGAUACGCCGGGAUUUGAGGCAAAUGAUGCCGACUACAGAGCCUACCUGGAGAACUUCCUCCGGAUUAUGGAUAUUGAUGAGAGAUUCUUUGCCGAAUGCACAGAUGAUGGGUUAGAAUUUGCCACACUGCACUACCAUGAGCUGUUGCCGCAUCACUAUAGCAGGGCAUUUCAUGAGCAGAAGCUGGCACAGAGUGUGGAGUUGUUUGAGAAGUACGCCCGGGGGCCGAGAAAGGCGGAGAAUGAGACAAAACUCCGGGAAGUUUGUGAGGCGACGUGGCUCACGAAGCAACAGUGCGAAGCACCAAGUCUCACGGGGAAUCCCUGCACACUGGCAAAGCACACAGUGACAGAUCCCACACAACACUCCAGUGGGGUUCUCUAUGUGUCCACGUGCAAUUGCGGAAGAACCCAAGGACGUCGGGAAGAUCCCUACACGACAAAGCAGGCCAACUAUGAUUUCUAUCAAAUUCUCGCAGCAAACUGCCUCGGAUGCACCAAAGCUGAGAUGUACAUCUUCCCAAUUUUUGAGCCAUCCGGUGUGGAUUUUAGAGCAGCUGAAGUGGUGCACGAAGCCCUCCAGGAGUUGUACAGUGAAGAUGAAUCCAAUGCAGCCACACAGCUAACACAGAACACUCACACGGAUUUGAGUUUGAAAUCCCUGGCAGAGGAGAAUCUGCCACGAAAAUCACCGGAAGAUGUUCAGGAGAUUGUUGUGAAGGUGGGUGAGAGCCCUGAGAAGAUUCUGCGGCAGCAUUCAACGACAGAGUACCUCCCAGGGAUGGUGCAUACGCAGAGUAUCACGGGAUUGCUGCCACAAUUCCCAAGUUGGUCACUUGUUUGCAUUGGACCGAGUUCCAUCUACAGCCACACAUCGGGGCUUCCGGAACACACACAAUCGGGCUUCCUCUCAGGUGCAAAUUUCCUCAUUCCGUGGGAUGUUCACGUGCGCCUGGAGCACUCAGCAUCGUGGGCGGCGUCGUAUGAGAAGAAUCGCCAGAGGAAGCGCACGAAGCACCAUUCAGCCGAUGCUGGGGUUGUGUUUCAGCUGAAAAUCUUCGUUGGGUGCGAGUAUGAAUGCCCACGGGGGCAUCGCUUCAUCAUGGCGGCUCCGGAUAAAAUUCUACGCGGUGGUGGUGGAUCCCUGGUCAAGGAUAGCGGAAGUAAGGUGGUUUACAGCGAUAUGCCAUUGUAUUUCCCCUGUCCAUGUCGCACGGGGAAAUCCCUCACGGCUCAACUGAUGCGGGUGCAUGUGGUCACGCCCAAAGCUCCGGUUAAUGUGAAUCUGGAGCCGAGAGUAAGGAUUGGGGCACGAGGGAGUGGCAUUACCUUCACAACGGGACUCCCGGAGCCGGCAAAACUCAGUCAGAGCGCCUACUGGAUUCUCAGGCUGCCCUACAUCUAUCAGGGAGACGAUGGACCCAUUUGCCCACCCACGGAGGUCACAGCAGCCACAGCCAGUAGCUACGGAUGCCUCCUGGCGGGGAUGUAUGGUGUAACAGAGACUGAGGGCGCCGAUGGAGAUUCUUCCAUUGUUAUCUGAUGAAAUCCCACCUCCUGUGCACGACUAAUGAAUCCCAAUGAUCUCAAGAAAAUUCCCAUCAGACGUUUUCUCAAUUCCAUCGUGUUUGAAAACAUUUUUUUUCUUCCUCUCCGUGAUUACAAAAAAAGAAAAGAAAUCUUAUCACCCUUAUCACCACAUUAGCAUCAUCUCGCAACUCUUUCUCACCACCAAAUGAUCUUGACUCCAUGACGUCACCUAUAACGGCCUUAUCUGGCUGUAUUGAUGGAAAAUGUGCAUUUUUCUGAUUAUUUUUGCCGCGAUGAGAGAAUAUUUUAUCAUCUCUGUAGGCAGAGAGAGAUUCAUGGAGUAUUCUGCCAAGUUUUUCUGGCAUUGUCAAUGAAUAUGUAUCCGGCAAAUAGAAGCAAAGUCCAUCAUUUGGCCAGACAAUGGGCAUCAGGCAGAAAAUGCUCCGUGCGGGAGAGAGAGAGGUCACUUUCUCGGGGUGGUGAGAAAAAUUACAUAAGACAACGAGCCGAUAAGGAGUCGCAGCGGGUCAGCGCGAUGAUUGCUGUGCGUGUGUCUGGAGAGUGCUGCUGGCUAGCCCGUAGAGUAGCCACCACCAGUGUUGUGUGUAUGCCAUUGGUUGCCAGUACCAUAGACGACGUGCCUGGGAAGUCAUCAAAUGGGGAUUUAUUCUGUGUUCAAGAGUUUGUGGAUUUUUAGUGUGACGUGCUGCCUUGUGCCCGUUAUUCUUGCUUGGUAUCCGUGUGAGUACAUCCAGAGGAGAGGAUCAUUCUGGAGCUCUUUUUUGUGAAUUUUUAAUAAAAAAAAUUGUUUUGGCA